GUACUAAAAAGAAACUUUUCUGAUAAUAAGCGCAACGUCAUUCCAGUCAUUCAUUUGUUUAUUCUGUAAUCUUUUCAUCGCGUUUCCAUCUCUGCUGGACCACGUUAYCUUUCAGUAGUGACCACUUAUUGAUCGUGUGAUGUUUGUGGUCGUGCGCUCAACCUGUAAGCAAUUAGUAAACAAACCAUAAAGUCUGCUUUAACGAAAGAAUAGUCCCGUACAUKAACAAUGAAAGACCAGAUUUUGUCACUUAGGACGAUAGCAUGGCGUUGGAAGGCAGAAAAGUUGUCAAGAUUGCGAUUAUUGGAUUUACUGUGCUAUUCCUGAUCAUUGGCUUAGCGCUGAUCAUAUUUGGUGCUACUAUAGACACUCCUUUUGGCAACUAUUUUACUCUUAAGCCAGACGCCUUUGACACGAAGCUUGGACUUCGAAUUGGUCUUAUUUUCUUGGUUUUAUUUGUAGCUGGAUUAACUAUCUUCGCUGCAAUCAAAGAAAACAAUAGACUUUUAACAAUCCUUGGRGUGUUGUUCUUUAUCUUGUUUGUGACUGAGUUAUCACUUGGAAUCGUGUAUUUUUCGUUACGUAAUGAAGGUAACGUCAAGGACAGCACGUCAGCCAGUGGAUAUCAGUUGUUAAGUAUCUAUGGAACAGAUGCUGGUGUAACUAAGGCACUUGAUGAAAUCCAGACAGGAUUUGCUUGCUGUGGUGUCCAGGACUACCGUGAUUGGUUUACGUCUGGWUGGGCAGCCAAACAAGGCGUAACUAACCGCGUACCUACGUCUUGUUGUAAAGUACAAACUCCACAGUGUGGAUGGGAUAUGGACAUUAAAAACCCUGUUGACGUCAUCAAUAUUAUUGGAUGUACAGGACUUAACUACUUCCAUGAUAAACGACAAAGAGUUGUYGGAGGUGCAGGCCUGGGAGUCGCCUUUCUUCACCUGGCUACCAUUUUAUGCUGCUUAAUUUUCAGUUGUUGCUUCAACUCGGUUGGAGGGCUGAGUCCCAUUGAUGCCUUAAAAGGCAAAGAACCAGAAUAUGCUUCCGAAGGAGGGGGAGGAGGASGAGGACGAGGAGGGCCUGGUAAGGAGUCUGGCUCCAGUCCCGUAAAAUCACGUCAAGGUCCGGCGAAAAAAWCAGUACCAGCGUUCCAAGARCCUUUYGAYGAUGACGAAAACUUACCAGAAAACUCAUCUCAAGACUUACUGGAUAAAUCUAGGAAGUGACAAUAGAACAAUAUCCUGUCCUAGCUUAGCUAUGGGGUUCCUGUGGUACUUUUGUAUUGAAAAUCCACAGGCAUCCCAAAAUCCUAUAUAUUUGUAGAAAAAUGACAUUUUUAGAAAAUGAAACAAAUAUAGAUAUAUAAAUAUGUAAUCUCUAUAUUGUACUCAUAAAACAGAAUAAAAUGCAGAUAUUAGUUAUGUAGAA